UUUCUUCCAUGAUGGGCAAGAGAAAAACAUUCGGGCGAACUGGCUCUCCCUGCUCGCGCAGGCCCUCGAGGUCCCCGAGCGGUUCUUCAUAUCGCCUGAGCGGAAAAAAUAAACUCGGAGCGGCGGGAGGGGAAAAUGGCGCUGCGCGAGCAGGCAGGACGAAGGGCAGCACAUACACACGCUAGUGUAUAGAGAUUGAAACGAGCCAAGAGUCACAGUCCGUGAGACGACUCGAGUGUUAUUAGCAUCUGAUAUAGUGACAUUUUCUUCAUUAAACUGUUGGUGUGCUCAGCAUCAGAACGUGUCAUGUUGAGCAAAGACCAGAACCCUUUUGUCAUUGAUAAGUUUGAGUCAAGAGAAAGAGUUAAUGUCCCAAGCACAGCUGGACGGGUGUUCUGGUAUUAUGUUCUGGAGGGACUGAUAUCGGUUGAGAUCAACGUUUUAGAUGAUGUUUUCUGUUAUUUGAGUGGAUUUAAUGCGGGGAUCACACUUGUGAUUUUGCUGAGCAGAGAUGGACUCUGAGGACAUGGAGGUGGAGAGCAGCAGCGAUGUGGGGCAUUCUGGGAUGGAGGAGCCAUCAGAGAGCGGCAUGGGCAUGGAGUCUUCAGAAGCCAUGUCUGCCGACAGCAGCGAUGCAGCGGCUCCUCCUGCCCCGGCCCCAGAAUCAGACUGUCACGUAGGACAGAGCUCUGAGGGAAUUGUGGUUUUUAUCCCAGAGACAAGCUCCAGUACAGAUGUGCGAAGAGUUCAUCUCCCAGACUCCUCUUCUGUCGCCCAGUCAACCAGCGUGUCCAGCGUCUCCACUGUGACACAGUCAGUCCUGGUGUCAGAGUCUGUCCAGGUCCUGGUCCACUCCAGUGCUGUUUCUGAAGGAGGAAUGAUGGUUUCUGAUUCCACUGCUUCCACAUCCUCAGAUCUUGGCUCAGCUAUUGACAAGAUCAUUGAAUCCACCAUUGGACCCGACAUCAUGAAUGGAUGUAUUGCAGUUACGAGUGCAGAGGAUGGUAGUGCAGAGACCACACAGUAUCUGAUACUCCAAGGUCCUGAUGAUGGAGCUCCUAUGGUGGCGCAGAUGUCUUCCUCUGCACUGUCGAGCCGCAUUGCCGUUGAAGCACUUGCUGAUGGACCCACCUCCACUUGCUUGGACCAGGCAGACCUGUCAGAUAACCCGCAGGGCAGUGUGGAACCCGACCAGCCUGGACACUCCGGAUACCAUGAGCACGAUGACGGCAGCAGCAGCUGCAGUCGCCCAGACCAGCCACAGCAUUCCCAGUACAUAGAGUGGAGUGGAGGAGAAGACCCAGACCAGACCAGAGAGGCUCGGUACAUCGAGUGCUCGGGAGCUGAACCAGACCAGACCCCACGUCAUUCAGGGGUCACCAACUACAACGUGGCAGACUCAGAAGAACCUCUAGGGCGUUACGCAGCAGAGUGCAGUGGUACGAACGGUAGCCCUCAGAGGCGCUCGUUUCACUCCUCCCGGUACGUCGUAGAGUGCAGUGAUGGCUACUUGGAGUACAGUGCUGAGCAGCCGCAGCAUUCACGUUAUAUCGACAGCAGCAUGGAUGACAGGGAGCACGUCUCAGCAUCAGAGCAGGAAGGAAGUGCGGUAGAUGAGCCCCAGCACUCCUAUUUGCCCCAGGGCUCGCUAUAUGCCGACGAGGGUGCAGUUCGGCACUCACUGGCUGACACAGUGGGAUCCCAGCUCACUGAUCAAAUGGAAUGCAAUGAUAACUUGCCCUGUCCAUACAUAAGUAGCAGUGGGACAUAUUCCACCCAUCCAGAGCCUGAAGUGGUGGAGUCUGGGGUGGUGGUUGAGUCUGGGCACAGAACCCCAGACAUGGCUGAGCUAGAGGAAAUGAUGGAGGUGGUGAUCGUACAGCAAUUUAAGUGCAAGAUGUGCCCGUAUAAAAGUGUCUCCAAGGAUACGCUCAUCAACCACAUGAGAGACAAACACUUUAAACUACCAGGUGGUCCGGGCCAAAAGAAACGUGGACGGGGACGUCCUCGAAAAUCCGAAAGCAGGGCACGAACAGUCGCUGAGGUCAAGAAGGAGGAGCCUCCAGAAGAGGAAGAAGAUGACAUCAUUGAUGCAGGCGCUCUUGAUGAUCAAGGUGACAGUGAUUAUAAGCCAGCUGAUGAAGAGGCCAGGACCAGAUUGGCUUCCAGUCACUGCACUCCUCCUCCUUCCUGCUCUUCAUCAUCUUCCUCUUCCUCACGGAAACGGCCCCGAAGGACAGUGGGGCCACCCCGCAAAUUCCUUCCUGACUCAGAGUCUCUAGCGGCAUCUCAAACAAACAAUGCAGGGGACCCUCAAGCUCCUGAAGAAGCAAGUUCCUCUGGAUUGGAGAAUGGAUCUUCCUCACUAUCCAAUGGGACAGCAGUGGAACCAGCUGUCAGCCAGUCAGAUUCAGAAAACAAAGAUCCCUCAUCAAACACAGGCCCUGAUGACCUGGAGUUUUUACCCAAAAAACGAGGCCGGCCUUCUAAGCGAUUCCUUCAAAAGAAGUACAAAAAGUACAUGAAUCGCAACAAGUACUACAGAUCCCUCAAGCCUCUGCUAAGGCCUCAUAACUGCUGGAUCUGUGGUUCUCGCUUUCUGUCGCAAGAGGAUCUCAGAUUCCAUGUGGAUUCUCAUGAGGGAAAUGACCCUGAACGCUUUAAGUGCCUGCAGUGCAGCUACCGCUGCAAACGGUGGUCCUCACUGAAGGAGCACAUGUUCAAUCAUGAAGGUACAAAACCAUACAAAUGUGAGGUGUGUGAUUACUCCAGUGUUUAUAAAAAAGACGUGAUCCGGCACUCAGCUGUCCACAACAAAAGCAAGAGUCGGAAGACAGACAUGUCUUGCGUCAAACCUUCACAGGUUCCCAAAGUGUCCGAGUUUCCAUGCCCCAUUUGCUGUCGCGUGUACCCCAUGCAGAAACGCCUGACGCAGCACAUGAAGACACACAGCACAGAGAAACCUCACAUGUGUGACAAGUGUGGGAAAUCCUUUAAGAAGCGCUACACUUUCAAAAUGCAUCUUCUCACACACAUACAGAACUGUGGCAACAGCAUGUUUAAGUGUGAGUUCUGUGAGUACACCUGCAAUGACAAAAAGCACCUGCUUAAUCACCAGCUGUCCCACACCAAUGACAAGCCGUUCAAAUGCGAAGAGUGCAAAUACUCCACGAGUAAAGAGGAUUUCCUGGUGUCCCACAUUGCCAUUAAACACACUGGUGAAAAGCCCUUCUCAUGCGACAUGUGCCACUUCAUGACCAGACACAGGAAGAACCUGCGGCUGCAUGUGCAGUGCCGCCAUCCUGAGGCCUUCGAUGAGUGGAGCCAAUCCCACCCAGAGGAGCCAAUUCGCCGGCGCCAGAUGCCUGUUUUCAGUAUGCAGCAGAUUGAGGAGCUGAGAUUACAGCAUGAAACCCAGGGAUUUCAAGAGACCAUUGUAACAGUGGACCCCAUUACUUUCCAAACCAUGGAGUCUUUAGGGAACACAUCAGUAUCUCAAGAUGCACUGGGGAACACUACCAUCAUUUACGAGCAAGCCCAGACUUCAGACCUCUCAGCCCAGAAUGCUCUCGAUCUGCUGCUAAACAUGAGGAACGCCAGAGAACUGCAGGUGGCAGUGUUGAACCCAGAUGGUAAGACCCUGGAGACGGGUUCAUGGACCGGAGCUGGCUCUGGGAGUGAGGGCUCUUCCUUGCAGCCUCAAAAGAUCGUCACAUUCCAUGUGUCAGAGAAUGGGGACACUCUGGUGCAGGAGGCAUUUGAGACAGCUACAGGGACCGUGGAGCAAGAGGAGACAACGGGUGUGUCGCAGGAGGUGACACAGAUUGGCAUUGGUACAUAUGAGGGAGCAGAUUUCAGUGUGGUGGAGCAGGCCUCUGAAGAAACUGCACACAGCAGUUUAGAGGAACUCUCAGCAGAGCCUCAGGUCAUGGAAGUGUGCACCGAGCCCUUGUCCAUCUCUACACCUCUCAAAGAGAAUAAAGAGAAGUUUUAUUUGAGCUCAGGCUUGACAGAUGGAGUCCUACAGCAGGUAGAGCUGAGCAGUGAAGCUCCAGGUUCCCCUUCCCUGUGUCCAUCACCCCCUUCUCAACAGCUCAACACCAAACGCUUCUCCUGCCGGAUCUGCAUGGAGGCUUUCCACGGCCGCUCGGACAUGGAGAACCACAAGAGGGCGCACAUAGACCCCAAAACAUUCAAAUGCCCUGACUGUGACUUUACAGCACCUUCUUGGCCAGAAGUCAAGUCUCACAUGGGCAUGCACGCAUAUUUGAGGCCUCAUAAAUGCAACAGCUGCAGUUUUGCCUCUAAAAACAAGAAAGACCUGAGACGCCACAUGAUGACACACACCAAUGAAAAGCCUUACGCCUGUCAGGUCUGUGGCCAAAGGUUUAACCGUAACGGCCAUCUGAAGUUCCACAUGGAGAGGCUUCACACUCAGGAACCCUCGCCCCGUAAAAACCGCUCUGUCCCCUCUCAGCAGACCAUCAUUGUCAAUAGCGAUGAAGAAGCUUUAGCCACACUGCAGAAUCUGCAGGCCGGUCAGGCAGUCAUCAGUCCAGAGAGACUGCAGCAGGCUUUGGGUCAGGAACACAUUAUUGUGGCUCAGGAUCAGACUCUUUCUGAUCAGGAGGAAGCAACAUAUAUUCAACAGAUCACGACAGUAGAUGGACAGACGGUGCAGCACUUAAUGACUGGAGACAAUCAGGUCACUGAGGUCCAGUAUAUCAUCUCUCAGGAUGGAGUUCAGCACCUGCUCCCACGGGAGUAUGUGGUGGUAUCUGAAGGAAACCACAUUCAGAUGGAGGAUGGGCGGAUUGCUCACAUUCAGUACGAGCAUGAUGGAACAUUUCUGCAGGAGCAACAGAUUGCCCUGUCUCAGGAUGGACAGAUCCAGUACGUCCCCAUCACUGCCGAGCAGCAGAUUGUUGGCUCUGAGGACCUGGAGGCAGCCGCCCAUUCCGCUGUCACUGCUGUUGCAGAUGCAGCCAUGGCUCAGGCUCAGACGGUUUACACAGAGGCCACACCUGAACAACUGGAGCAGCUGCAGCAGCAGGGCAUCCAGUAUGACGUCAUCACUUUUACUGAGGAGUAGAAACAAGAUGCAAACACACAGACAGAUUCACCUGAGGCUCGUCUCAGCUUCAGAUGGCUGCAGUGGAUACUAAGUAACAAAACUGUUUCACAGACUUAAUUUGUUCAGUAAGAGGGUGAAUGUACAGUUAGAUCCUCUCUGAAAAUUAUAUGACUUAUGCCUUUGUAAAUAUUUAAAGCAGUUUAUCUUUUUGUGCCUACAGUGUUUUGCCUUGUAAAGAAAAAGAAACACAAAAGCCAAGAGCAGCCUGUAUAGAGAAUCCAUGUAUUUAAUUCUACAUGUUGCUGUGAUGUACUACAAUGGAUGCUUACUUCAGUGACAGUGUGUAAACAGUAGACUGGAGGAAUGAGGUCCUGAAACAGUUCCUAGCCAUAGCUAAAGUGCUUAUAUAAAAGAGGGUUGAUUAUUUGUUUUACAUGAAAUGUGCCGUUUCAUCAUUAGCUUCUUAAGGUUUAGAGGUUUGCUUUUUUCUUUCAGAUGGCUACAGAAAGGAACUUAAAAUGCAUAUCAAAUAAAUCACAACCUCUUUAUCUGAA